CCCCCGUCGCUCUCUCUCUCUCACACUCUCUGAACUUCCGCCUCCGCCGGUCGUAGCGCCGCAGCCUCCACUUCAGCCUUCGAUCGUCAUCGUCGUCGCGGCCUCCACUUCGGCCUCCGCCUCCGCCGGUCGCAGCGCCGCAGCCUCUGGGUUACUUUAUAUUUUGUAGAUUUGUAGCUUAAACUACAAGUGACAUUUGCAUUACUAGAGGUAUAGUAGAACAUUGGAGAUGAACUUAAAAUAGAAUAUCAAUGGAGUGUGUGGUUCAGGGAAUUAUAGAGACACAGCAUGUCGAGGCCCUUGAGAUUCUUCUCCAAGGUCUUUGUGGUAUUCACAAGGAACGGUUAAGGAUCCAUGAAUUGUGCCUUAAAAGUGUCCCAAAUCUUGGGGUUGUGACUUCAGAGGUUCGACUCUUGUGUGAUCUUGAGCAACUUGAGCCUACUUGGACUGUUCGACAUGUUGGGGGGGCUAUGAGAGGUGCAGGUGCCGAACAAAUUUCUGUCCUGGUGAGGACCAUGGUGGAAAGUAAAGUAAGCAAGAAUGCUAUUCGCUUAUUUUAUGCAUUGGGAUACAAGUUAGAUUAUGAGCUGUUGCGAGUGGGAUUUGCCUUCCAUUUCCGAAGAGGUGCUCAGAUAACUGUUACCGUAUCUUCAAUUAAUAAGAUGCUGAAACUGCAUGCUACUGAUGAGGCAGUUCCAGUUACACCGGGUAUCCAGCUGGUUGAAGUGACAGCCCCUGCAUCAUCUGAAAACUACACUGAAGUUGUGGCUGCUGUGUCCUCCUUCUGCGAGUACCUUGCACCGUUGCUCCAUUUAUCAAAACCCGGCAUUUCAACUGGGGUUGUUCCAACUGCUGCAGCGGCUGCUGCUUCUCUCAUGUCAGAUGGUGGAGGCACCGCCUUAUAAGUGAGGGUUAUGAACGUGGAAGAAAACUUUAGAAGGGUCUAUAUUGGUAAUGAGAAAAACAUUGAUUGAAGCUAUUGGGUUUACACUUUUCCCAUGACUUCCAAGUAGGCAACCAAUCAUUCAACUUUAGGCUAAUGAUGUGCAGGUUGGUGUUUGGAUUAGAAAGAUGACUUUUGUUUCCUUUGUGUCUCGUGAAGCUCCAAAUGAAUGGUUCCUUUUGUUUCCUUUGUGUCUCGUGAAACUCCAAAUGAAUGGUUCCUUAUGUUUCCUUUUUGUUUGUUUAUAUAAUUUGAAAUUUUGAUUUAGUA